AUGGAGGGGUCCGCAGCAGACGUGAAGUCCCCGGCCGCGGCUGCAGCACCCGCUUCCGCGGUCGCUACCGCUCCUCGUAAUGAACACAAUGCCCGCCGCAUCAGCGGCGGCGGCGGCGGCGGUCAGCAGCGGGAACAGCGGCAGCAGCGGCAGCAGCAGCAGGGCCAAGAUCGGGACCGCAGCCACGGCACCCCGCUGCGCGCGUCCAAUAUCUCGUCGUCCCCGUCGGCGGGCGGAAGCGCAUGCGGGAGAUCACACGGUCCGCACGCGGCGACUUCCGGCGCAGCAGCAGCAUUCGACAAGGGCAAGGAUGUCGCGCUGACGGUGGUCGGGGAGCGCGCGCAGGAAUACGACCCGCAGGUCGAGGCGCGGGUGCUGCGCAAGAUCGAUUGGUUCCUGAUGCCGACGAUGAUUCUAGGCUACGGGCUCGUCUACUAUGACAAGGCCAUCCUCGGGUCCGCCGCCCUGCUGGGCAUGUCCACGACGCUCGAGCUGACCGUCACCCGCCCAGCAGCGGGCCCCGGCCAGCCGGCCACGACCGACUCGACGCGGCUCAGCUGGGCGACGUCGCUCUUCUACUUCGGCAUGCUCGGGGGCCUCUACCCCCUCACCUUCCUGCUGCAGCGGCUGCCGCGGCAGAACCGCACGCUGGGCGCCAUCGUCAUGCUCUGGGGCGUCGUGUGCAUGAGCACGGCGGGCGUGACGACGUACCGCGGCCUCUACGCGCAGCGCUUCGUGCUCGGCUUCCUCGAGUCGGUGGUGCCGACGGGCUUCACCUGCAUCGUGUCGUCCUUUUACGCGCAGCGCGAGCAGGCGCUGCGCCAGAGCCUGUGGUUCGCGUCGACGGGGCUCUUCACCAUCGUCGGCGCCGCGCUCAACUACGCCUUCGGCACCAUCGACGACGCCGCCACGCCGCUCGAGCGCUGGCAGUACCUCUACCUCGCCGCCGGCGCCGCCACCGUCCUCUUCGGCGCGUGGUGCUGGGCGCUGGUCCCGGACUCGCCCGCCACGGCGUGGUUCCUGCGCGGCGGCGAGGAGCGGCGCGUGGCCGUCGAGCGGCUGCGGCGCGGCGCCGCGGGCACGCGCUGCACCGCGGUCAAGGGCGGGCAGGUCGUCGAGGCGCUGCUGCGCGACGUCAAGACGCCGCUCGUCUUCGUCAUCAUGGCCGCCGCCUACACCGUCAACGGCGCCGUGUCCGGCUUCGGGCCCCUGAUCGUCACCACCUUCGGCUACUCGCCGCUCGAGGCCAUCCUGCUGCAGUUCCCGCUCGGCGCCGUCUGCCUCGCCGCCAUCCUGCUGGCCGGCUGGCUGGCCGCCCGCCUGCCCGACGCCCGCAUCGCCCUGCUCGUGCUCAACUGCCUGCCCGUCAUGGCCGGCUGCGCCCUCGUCUGGCGCUCCGCCUGGACCCACCGCGCCGCCGCCCCCGUCGCCGGCUACUCCAUCAUCGGCACCUUCGGCGCCGUCGUCAGCCUCGUCAUUACGAUCGCCGUCUCCAACGUCGCCGGCGCCACCAAAAAGAGCACCGUCGCCGCCGCCGUCUUCGUCGCCUACUGCGUCGGCAACAUCGUCGGCCCCCAGCUCGUCAAGAGCCAGACCAAGGAUCGCCAUUACCCCGAGUUGUGGCUGGGCUUGAUCAUCUGGUAA